CGACCGGCAGAGACGGCGUGCCAGGGCCUGCCCCCGCGCAUUAGCUCUUGGGGGGCUCUGGGCGGAGGAGUGGCUGUUCACUUGGCUGUGGAGGAGACCGCAGGAGAGGUCGCCGGGACGAGGUUGUAGCGACGGUGGCAGGUGCACCUGUCCUCCUUUAGCUUUCAGUGCAGUCACGAUGAGAAUUAUCUGCUUACUCUGUGUGUGUCUUUUGAUGCUGGGGGAUUUCUUGGAAGCCAAGUUUGAUGAUUUUGAGGAUGGAGAUGACGUGGUAGAGUAUGAUGAUAAUGACUUUGCUGAAUUUGAGGAUGUAAUGGAAGAUGUUGUCACAGAGCCCCCUCAGCGAGUUAUCACCACUGAGGAAGAUGAAGAGGAAGCCACCGUGGAGCUGGAAGGGCCAGAUGACAACCCAGAGGAUUUUGAAGAUGCAGAUCCCCAGGAGGGGGAUACUGAAAAUGAACCAUAUGAUGAUGAAGAGUUUGAAGGCUUUGAAGAAAAACCAGAUAUGUCUUCCAGCAAAAGCAAAGACCCUAUAACAAUUGUUGAUGUCCCUGCCCACCUUCAAAAUAGCUGGGAAAGUUAUUAUAUGGAGAUUUUGAUGGUAACAGGUCUGCUUGCCUACAUCAUGAAUUAUAUUAUUGGAAAGAAUAAAAACAAUCGUCUGGCUCAGGCCUGGUUCAACACCCACAGAGAGCUUCUGGAAAGCAACUUUAGCCUCGUUGGGGAUGAUGGAACCAGCAAGGAAGCUACAAGCACAGGGAAGUUAAACCAGGAGAAUGAGCACAUCUAUAACCUGUGGUGUUCAGGCCGAGUGUGCUGUGAGGGCAUGCUUAUACAGCUGAAGUUUCUCAAGAGACAAGAUCUCCUGAAUGUCCUGGCUCGAAUGAUGAGGCCAACCUGUGAUCAAGUGCAAAUAAAAGUAACAAUGAAUGAUGAAGAUAUGGAUACGUAUGUUUUUGCUGUUGGCACACGAAGAGCCUUGGUACGACUACAGAAGGAGAUGCAGGACCUGUGUGAAUUUUGUAGUGACAAGCCCAAGUCUGGAACAAAGUAUGGACUUCCAGACUCCUUGGCCAUCUUGUCAGAAAUGGGAGAAGUCACAGAGGGAAUGAUGGAUACAAAGAUGGUACACUUUCUCACACACUAUGCUGACAAGAUUGAAUCAGUCCAUUUUUCAGACCAGUUCUCCGGUCCAAAAGUCAUGCAAGAGGAAGGUCAGCCUUUAAAGCUGCCCGACACCAAGAGGACGCUAUUGUUUACAUUUAAUGUACCUGGCUUAGGUAACACUUCCCCAAAGGAUAUGGAGGCUUUGCUGCCCCUGAUGAACAUGGUGAUUUACUCUAUUGAUAAAGCUAAAAAGUUCCGGCUUAACCGAGAAGGCAGACAAAAAGCUGAUAAGAACCGGGCCCGAGUAGAAGAGAAUUUCCUGAAGCUGACGCAUGUGCAGAGGCAGGAAGCUGCACAAUCUCGCCGGGAGGAGAAAAAGAGGGCUGAAAAAGAACGGAUCAUGAAUGAGGAAGAUCCUGAGAAACAGCGCAGACUAGAGGAAGCUGCCUUGAGACGUGAACAGAAGAAGUUAGAGAAGAAACAACUGAAAAUGAAGCAAAUCAAAGUGAAAUCCAUGUAAAUCGAAGGAGCUGGCUGAUUCCACUUAUAAGCUCUGAAUUCCCGGGGUACAAAAAAAGUCCAUUUCUCAUCUUUAAUUUCAAACACUCACCACUUUGGGAAAUCCUCUUUGUAUCAUCAGCACUUUUUCUUGGUUUAGAGUUUUACAAAGUAUGUAUAUGAGUUUGAAGGACUCUGUUUCAAUAAUUUUUUUUCCAGGUAAUCAAAUUGCUUUGACUAUUUUUAAAAGAAAUGAUAGUUCAUAUCUCUGUGGUUUUUUUUUUUAUUUUAAAUUGUAAAAUGAAUCAUCAGUGCUAGUCACAUUUCAGUGCUUCUUGUUUUUAAGAUAUUUGAUGUCUAUAAGCAAAAUCUUUGUUGCUUACGGGCAAUUGAAAUGGCUAGAGAAAACUCUAAAACCAGGAUUUCCCAAAUGACUAUUGAAAUUGCACAAUAAACAUUGCUUGGUGUCACUUUCUGUGUCUCCAUUAAGCUUGUUAAGGAGUACAAUUUAGAGCACUACAAAUAUGAUUUGAAUUUUCAGGAACGCAGAAUUAAUGUAAUUUCUGAUUUGUAGGUGGGAGGUGCUGAUGACAGUAUUAUGAAAUAUCAUGCUGUCUAUGAUCAUUUUUUAGGAUACUUGUAUGAUAAAAAGUUCUUGGUAGUUGAAAUAUCAGGGAAAGGUAUUACAGGAGCAGUUUUCCUUCUUACCUGGUGCCACGAGCUCAUCAAAAAGUGAAUGCUGUAUUUUAAAUGAUUGUGUGUACUUUUUCUUGAACAACAAAACAUGAUAAACGGACAGCUUCACCUCAGGCAGUUCAGUGGGCUCUCAAAUUCUGUGAAGUUAAUUCUUAAAAUGUUUUCUUUCUUGGUUGCUGCUGCCUGUCAAAUGUUUACUGAGGAUCUCUUCUAGAAGGUGGCUAUGCACCUUUGAUUUUCUUUCUGCUGUCGCCCUUCUCCUACUUGAAGUCAGGCAGAUCCUUUGGGUGGAGAGGAGUAUCUCUAAGCAAUCGAGAGUUGUGGCUGCUUCCCAAGGAAGCAGCUUUUAAGGGCGAGACCUGUCUGCACGAGUACUUUGCUUGGUCAGAUCUCUGCAUUUUAUAAAUGCUUCCUUCUAAGAAAGCAUUUUUUAGUAACUGCUUGUACUGGGUAUUUUGUGUUGGGAUGGGGAAGGGUUGGGUUUUUUCUUGGGGAGGGGGAGGGAUUUUGUUGAUGCUUUCUGUGCAGAUCUGUUCUGAGGCAAUAAUAAUGAAUUGCUGUGGAAACAGCAUAUGCUGAAGACGCCUUUGUUACUGCAUGUAAACUUUUCACUGAAUUUUUAUCUUGGAGAAUGCCAAAUCCUGUAAUUUGGAGAUGUGAAUGUAACUUUUAACAAUUCAUAAAAUUAAAUUAUUAAAGUAACAUA